UCAGAUAUAACAAAGUUUUCAAGUUUUCAAAGGCUUUGGAACCAACAAGAAGAAGAAGAAGAUGAAGUCUAUGAUGAAUGAUACUAAUAACACUAGUGAUGAUGGAAACAAUCAUAACUGGUUAGGUUUCUCUCUCUCACCCUACCAUAUGAAAAUGGAGCUUACUUCUUCUGACCCUUCUCAUCAUCAGUACUAUCAUCAUCAUCAUCAUGAUAACAACCAACCUUCUUCUUCUCUUCUUGUUCCCUCUAACUUCUACAUGUCACCUUCACAACAUUUAAACAUUAACAACACUUCUUCAUUAUGUUAUUAUGGUGUUGGAUCAGAUAACAAUAGUUCCUUUCAUUCUUCUUUACCUAUGAUGCCUCUUAAAUCUGAUGGUUCUCUUUGCACUAUGGAAGAAGCUCUCUCUACUUCACAAUCACAAGUGAUGUUACCAACUUCAUCUCCAAAACUAGAAGACUUUCUAGGUGGUGCAACAAUGGAAACUCAUCAUCAUGAGUAUGAAGGACAUGAGAGAGAAACCAUGGCUUUAUUAAGCUUAGACAGCAUCUACUACAACAACAAUGUAGAAAAUGAAACAACAAAUAGAGAACAUUCUUCUCUUGACAUUUCAUCAUACUAUUCAGGUUUUGCUUGUCAUGGAAUGUAUCAAACACCAUUGAUGGAACAACAACAACAACAACAUCAACAAGAAGAAGAAACUAAGGAAGAGAACAUGUAUUGCUUCAAGAACUUUGUAGCCCCUAGAGAUUAUCCUAUGGAACAACAUCAUCAAGGGAACAAUAAUGUUGGAGAUGAUGGUUGUGUUGGAACAGUAAAUGGUUGUGGAGAGUUACAGUCAUUGAGCCUUUCUAUGAGUCCUGGCUCUCAAUCAAGCUGUGUCACUGUUCCAACUCAGAUUUCACCUUCUGGUAAUAAUGAUUCAGUUGUUGUUGAAGCUAAAAAGAGAGGACAUGGUAAGGUUGGACAAAAGCAACCUGUUCAUAGGAAAUCUAUUGAUACAUUUGGUCAGAGAACUUCUCAGUACCGAGGAGUAACUAGGCAUAGAUGGACAGGUAGAUAUGAGGCGCAUUUAUGGGAUAACAGUUGCAAGAAGGAAGGGCAAACAAGGAAAGGAAGACAAGUUUAUUUGGGUGGUUAUGAUAUGGAAGUGAAAGCUGCAAGAGCUUAUGAUCUUGCUGCUCUCAAGUAUUGGGGACCUUCAACUCACAUCAACUUUCCGCUAGAAAAUUACCGAAGUGAACUCGAAGAAAUGAAUAAUAUGAAUAGGCAGGAAUAUGUUGCUCACUUGAGAAGAAAGAGUAGCGGCUUUUCAAGGGGUGCCUCGAUGUAUAGAGGAGUGACAAGGCACCAUCAACAUGGUAGAUGGCAAGCAAGAAUAGGCCGAGUUGCCGGAAAUAGGGACCUCUAUCUCGGAACAUUCAGCACUCAAGAGGAAGCUGCCGAAUCAUAUGAUGUAGCCGCGAUCAAAUUCCGCGGGCUAAACGCGGUAACAAACUUUGAAAUAUCUCGAUACAAUGUGGAAAAAAUCAUGUCAAGCAACACUCUUCUAUCCGGUGAACAAGCAAAAAGAACAACAAAGAUCAAAGAUAGCGAAGAACCGAAAUCUGAAGUCAAAGAGUGUAACAACAAUGUUGUAUCAAGUUUAAGUCCAAUCCUAAAUAACCAAGAAGUUGAAGCAGUGAACAAGAAUGAAAACAAUUGGAAUCAGUCCCCACAACAAGAGUCAAACACAUGUGAUCAAAAAACUGACUUCUCUAUGUCCCUACAAGAUAUCAUUGGGAUUGAUUCAGUAGAUGAUUCCCCCAACAAGAUGAUAAGGACUCAUUUUUCAAAUUCAUCUUCACUUGUGACUAGCUUAAGUAGCUCAAGAGAAUGCAGCCCUGACAACAAAAGCAAUGGCCCCACAAUGAAUUUUCCUAAACCUCCAAUAGGGUCUAAAAUGGUUAGUCCUAUAGCUACUAGGGUUGGAUCUUGGUUCCCCUCAGGUGGUUCCAUCUCAAUGUCUCAUUUGCCCGUUUUCGCGGCUUGGAGCGAUAUUUAGCGCAUAUUUGGAUUGUCGGGUAGUAACGGAAUCAAAGCGUCGUCGUAAUUUAACCGGAUGUAACUUAGGACACAAGAAAUUUUAGGUUUUAGUUUCUUCAUGAAAUUUUAGGGAUUAGGUUGUGUCAACUUUUAUGUAUGUUUUGUGGAACAUGAUCUUUUAGUGAUAGCUUUUUGGCACUUUGAUAUUUGGAUGAUAAAUGUAUGCUCUAAUGGGAGGGAAAGUGUUGUUAAAAGUAAGACUAGUGAUGGAAUUUAAAAAUCAAAGUGAAAUGAAAUGAUGUUUUGACAA